AACACAUACAUUUAAUAAAAAUAAAAAAUAUGCCCGGACUUGACGAGUUCCAAGUUGUCAGAAGACGUAGACCUCAACGUAAUCGUCGAGUAAUUCAUCAGCUACUUGGUGGAAAUCUGCACCCGCCCGAAAUAGAUACUGAGCGCCUUCUGCGCUCAAUACUCGAUGUCGUAAUAAUCCUGCGUAAAUCACCAUACCGUCAAAUAUUGUACGAGGGUUUAUCGAAAUCACUAUCGAUAUUAGACCGUGAUCCAAUACAAGAAAUAGUUUGCUAUGGUUUGGGUAAUUUUUCACAAUCUCGUGCUUCAAAGCAACAAUUAGCAGCAUUAUUAACAAUUAAGUCACGGUAUAAGUGUCCAGUUUAUUUAUACGACCCAGUAUUUUAUCCUCAAGAGAUAGAAGUACUAAAACUUCUUGGACUAUCGAUAAUUCCUAUAAAUGAACAUGCCCAGAGAAAAGUUAACAAUGACACACUGACAUUAUUUUACAUGCCCCACUUGUACAAAGGAUUGAUAGCUAAUUGCGUUAAUGCUAAUUGGGGUCUAAAUCUUAAUAAUUGUAUUUUUUUGACGAAUAGUUUUAAAGCGAUCAUUGGUGAUUUGGGCAAUGGGGUACGUGAUCGUGGGAUUGCUGCUCAUUACCAAAAUGCCGGUGAACUGAUUGAGAAAGUUUCGGUUUGUGUUGAUGAGAUUUGUCUUAAGCUGGCUGAUGAUGAUCCAUAUUGUAUGGCCGAUGCAUUUAACUCUACCUCGAUACAUGUUUUUAAAAAGUCACGACUAACUGAUGUACCUGAUGAUUUUUGGGUACCCUUAUUCGGGGAAUCUUAUCGGUUUGAUUUAAAUCCUGGAGGUGGACAUUAAAACUUUUACUUUUUUUCAGCGAUAUAAAAAUGAAUUCAAAUUUAAAACUAAUCCGGUCACUAUUAAGUGAAAUACGUAAAACAGCAAGUGAAAAUAAAAUAAAGGACAACAU